AUGCCACGAUUUAACGUUGGUCGGCUGAUGAAACGAAGGAAACAAAUUAAAGAAGCUGAGAGAAAAAGAAAGAUUCUAAACGAUGAACUGGAGGUAAAGUCGAAAAAGAUCAGAGCAAAAGAUGCAAAACUUCGGCGAUUGAAUGAGAAGGUAGACAGUUUAGUGCAAGAGAUAGAAGAGGUAGAUGAUAUUAGAGUUGAGCUGAGAAAUGAAGAAGAAAAGGCAGAUUUUUUACCAUCGCGCGCUGUUAACGCAAGGAAGAAGAAGGAGACAGGGCAGAGAUUGAAGCCGACAACAUCAAGAAAGCGCAGAAGAGAGACACUGGGAGCUGCAAAGGAGAUCCAUGAAGGUGAAAAGGGGGCAAGAUAUGGCUUGGUCGACACUGUGGACAAAGCUGUCAAGGCAGAGGAAGCAGUCAAGAUCAUAGAGGAAGCCAAGUGUAAUAAUCUAAAGCAGAAGGUUUUCCCUAAGUUGUAUAGAAAAUCCUUAGUUGAGUUUGAGAAGUCUGACUCCAACAUGGUUAGAUCAGUGGCUGUAUAUUAUAGUAAUGGUGUAAUGGGUAAGAAAAAAUAUCGUUCCACCUAUAAAGCUAGUUCUUUUAAAGUUAAUAACCAGACAACUUCUCAUAGCCCUAGAUCAAAAGCUAGUCGUUUAACAGUAGCAGGCUGCCCCAUUCCAAAGUUGGUGCCGUACCACAGGUUAAAUUCCUUCAUCAGUGAUAUCAACAUAGGUACUCUAUAUAGUGUAUGGGAUACUCUUUGUUGGGAUUUGGAUGAGAGGGAAAAGGUUGCUGGGGUGUAUCGAAACCUAGAAGAGCUCGUAAUUAAUCUAGCUUCAUUUUAUCUUAAUAAUAAUUAUGAUAUUUUGAGUUUUGGUAAUCCUGAUACAUUCCAUGUUGCUUUGGGUGGUGAUGGAGCUCCUUGUGGCAAGGAUGAUACAGCUGUAGCCUGGCUUGUCAGUAUUUUAAAUAUUGGGCAAGGCGUAUUGAGUAGUUCAGAGAACUUCCUUCUUUUUGGAGCUAACUGUGAUGAGAGCUGUGUACCAGUUAGAAGAUUUGUUUUGCAACUGAUGAAAGAUAUUGACAGAAUUGAGAAGACUACCUUUCCUAUUUCCUGCAAUAAUGGCAACGUGCGUCAGAUCAAGUUUCUUUUUUCAGAAUUCCCAAACGAUAUGAAAAUGCUGUGUUUUUUAACAGGUGAGUUAAGUAAUAGUGCUACUUAUUUUUCUUCUUUUGCUGACGUAUCAACAGAAAGCCUGAAAUCUAAAACUGCUCUCACUGGUACUUUUGGACCUGAAACAUCAAAUCAAUGGAAGCCAUGGAAGUAUGACCACCGAGUGAAAGUUGCUGCUGCUGUUGAAAAGCUGAAAUCCAAGGUUAGCAAAGAAAAAAUCACAGAAACCACAAAGAGAAGUAAGAUCACAGCAUUCAUCUCACAGCAGGGUAGCAGACAAGAAUUUAUCCCUAUUAUAGGUAAACGAGUCGAUAGAAUUCAUGUUGAUCCUUUGCAUCUUAAAAACAAUGCUUGUGCUUAUGCCUGUAAUGAGUUACUUAAUCAGUGCUCAAAGAAUGUGUCAGGUGUUUCUUCUUUUUCAAAACUUCCAUCACAUUCAAAACUGGUAAGAUAUGUUGAAACAUUACGAACAAAAUGUAAUCUUCCAAGAGUGGCAAAAAAAGUUAUCAAGUGGUUUGAGGAUUCCAAAAAUUCUCAAAAGGACAAAUUUGACUAUCGCUUCACAGGUAAGGAUUCACGCAUGUUUUUGCAUAAUUUCAUGUUUUUAUUUGAGAUCAUAGAAGAAGGGAGUGAUGGACAACACUAUCAGCAACGUUUGUAUGCUCUUGUCCUUAUUUGUCUUUGUUUGCGAGAUGCAGUUUCUCUUUUUUGUCGCACUGAUAUCACAGGUGAUCAGGUAAGUAAACUGAAAGACUUAUGUUCUAUUUAUUAUCGUGCUUACUAUGUUUUUUAUUCAGUGAACCCCACAGUUUGGACUCUUGGACAUGUUGUUGCCUCACACACUGAAGAUAUGCUGAUGAAGUAUGGGGUGGGUUUGGCCCUGAACUCAAUGGAGGGGAGGGAGGCAAAACAUAUCUCAAUUGCCAAGUUUUCGCAAAAUACUUUCUUCCAAAAUCGCUGGCAGCAAAUAUUCCGCCAUGAAUAUGUUUCUCUCAUUUGGCUGAGAGAGAGGGGUUUCAAUCUUUCUAGUAAUUAUCAAUCGAAACUGUCAUACAUCCCUAAACGUGCUGCUCUACCAUCCUUUUUCAACUGUGGAUUUAGCAAGGAGGAAAAUGAUGAAAAAUGUAGGUUUUGUUGCCAUCCCUUGAUGGACAAAGUUAAUGUAAGUAUGGAAAAAGGUAAGUGGGUAAACUAG